AUGGUUGUUUUACACUCGAGCAAAGCUGCAUCACCCGCAACCCUGGGCGCUUUUGCUUACCGGCGUGGACCAGGCGCAUCGCGAAAUACGAUUGGCAAAGGCCCACUCACAGUGCGCUCUGUGUCGACCUCGGUGUUAACUGAAGUCAAGAGUGCCCCAAAUGCCACACUCGCUCCUCUAUCAGCCCUGCCAACGGGCGUGUUACUCCGAUCCCUGCUGGUGGCUACCAUUACGUCCAAGCCCUACCUGCUCCGCCCGUCUCUCUCAAUCUUAUCCCUCCUAUCCAAGUCCAACCGUGGCUGGUUGUUGAACGUAGACCGCAGUAUCAUUCUUCAUAGCAUCCUGAAAUGGACCUUCUACAAGCAAUUCUGUGCCGGGGAAACGGGAGCGGAGUCUAGGGCUACUGUUCAACAUCUGAAGGACAUGGGCUUUCAGGGGACGAUAUUAACAUACGCAAAAGAAAUUGUCUUUGAUCAUUCGACCCAUACUCAGCAAGGGCUUGGCGUCACUACUGAACAAGUCGACCAAGAUAAUGCCACCGAGAAGCAUUGUCCCCACAUUGAAGCCUGGCGAACGGGCACCUUAAAGACCAUCGACCUGCUUGGUGAGGAGGAUUACCUGGCUAUGAAGCUAACAGGCGCCGGACCGACCGUGGCGAAAGCCUUUGCUGCAGGACAAAUGCCCCCUCAACAGAUGAUCGAUGCCCUGGAAGAGAUCUGCGAAAAGUGCAAAGUGAAAGGGGCUCGCGUCCUGGUUGACGCUGAGUCUCAACACUUCCAACGUGGGAUCCAACGUGUCACACUCGAGGUCAUGCGCCAGUUUAAUCGGGAUGGAUACGCGCUGGUUUAUAACACCUACCAAGCCUAUCUCAAAAGUAUUCCCACUACUUUAGCCCACCAUCUCGCUGCUGCCAGUGACGAUGGAUUUACCCUCGGGCUCAAGCUUGUGCGCGGCGCGUAUAUUGCGUCCGACGAUCGCUCUUUGAUUCACGACACGAAACAGGACACCGAUGAGGCGUACAACUCUAUCGCACAGGGCGCGCUUAGAAAGGAGAUUGGGGAAUUUGGAGCAAAGAAUGGCCGUCCCUUCCCAUCGGUGAACCUCUUUCUCGCCAGUCAUAACAAGGCCAGCGUGUUGGCUGCUCACAGUCUCCAUCAGCAGCGGACAAUGGAGAAGUUGCCAACGGUGCCCGUGGGAUUUGCUCAACUCCACGGCAUGUCAGACGAUGUCAGUUUUGGCCUGUUGCAAUUGAAAGGCCCCGGUGGGUCUCCACAAGUCUACAAAUGCUCCACCUGGGGUGGAAUGGGGGAGUGUCUGGCAUAUCUCCUUAGGCGUGCGAUUGAGAAUCGGGAUGCUGUGUCGAGAACCCAGGAUGAAUUUCAAGCGUUGAAGAGGGAGGUGGGAAGACGACUGAAGGCCUUUGUUACCUUCUCUACUUAA